CGGAGACAAGAGCGCAAAGACCGCGGUCCGAAGCCAGAAGCAACCAAGGACGCAGCAGCAGGUUUGUGUGCACAAGAAGAAGAAAGAUCCGCAGAGUGGCUCCUUCUCUAAAGACUCACAGUCAGGUCAGUGCGACCCUGGGAAGGAGGUGAAAUCGGCGGGACAGCAGGGAAAACGACCGGGGAAAGUGUCAUCUGGUGCCACCGUGGAGGCUCAAAGGAGCCCCGGCGCGCAGAGGAAGCUGUCCGAUGCCAGCAACGCCUCAGAGGACCUGAGCAAAGACUCCGGCUGCCUGUCUGGGAAACUCUCCUCUUCAGACAGCAGCUCGGAAAUAUCCGAUUGCCCCUCGGAGGGCAACAAGCACGACUCUCCGAGCUGCGACAAUGAUUUAAGCUGGAUAGACGGGGCAGCUUAUGUGAGUCCAGACAGCGGGGGGGAAGGCGACGGCAAACCGUGCGUAAAGGCAGCGAGAGGGACCUGCGCUCCGCUGCCUGAUGCUGCUGGAGGGGGCCUCAGCUUGUUUCACUCCUCGGGCUCGUUUCUGGAUCUCAUGAUGGGAGAAACAACCGAAGAUCUUGUCAGGGAGGUGGAUGAUUUGCGAUCAGAGAACGAGUACUUGAAAGAUGAGGUGGAGGAGCUCCGCUGCGAGAUGCUGGAAAUGCGUGACAUGUUCCAGGAGGAGGAGGUGUACCAGCUGCAGGAGCUGCGCCUGCAGCUGGAGCAGGCAAACAAGACCUGUCGCAUCCUGCAGUACCGCCUCCGCAAGGCCGAGCGCCGCAGCAUCCGGGUGGCUCAGACGGGGCAGGUGGACGGGGAGCUGGUCCGGAGCUUGGAGCACGACAUCAAGGUUGCAAAGAGCGUGUCCCUGCGGCUGUACAACGAGCUGGAGGUGGUGCAGAAGAAGAAUUCCCAGUUGGAGUGGGAAAAUGAGGCGCUGCGGGAGAAGACACAGGAACUGGAAGUGGCCAGGCAGGUCUUACAGGCCGAGGUGGAGAAAGCCAGAGAGAGUACUCUGAAGAAGAAGAGCAUCCGAUCAACAUCCAGCAAGGCUGAGAAGAGGCUCUCUCAACAGAUUGAGGAUGACAGUGCCGAUCUCAGGUGCCAACUCCACUUUGCCAAAGAGGAAUUAGCUCUCAUGUGCAAGAAGCUCACCAAGUUGGUAUCAGAGAGUGAGGCCAUGCGCGAGGAAUUGGCCAAAUACCGCUCAGCCUACGGUGACUUAGACGUCACCCAAUCGCCUGGAGGCAAACAAAACUCCGCCCGCGCCAGGGAGGCAGAGGUCAAAGUUCACCUGAAACUGGUGGAAGAGGAGGCCACGCUCCUGAGCCGGCGCAUCGUUGAGCUGGAGGUGGAGAACCGUGGACUGCGAGCGGAAAUGAGCGACCUGAGAGAGAAAAUGGGAAGAGGGGGAGCGGAAGAGGAGGAGGAAGAGAAUCGGGAAGUGUUGGAGGAAAAUGCGUCAGCUUCCUCACCGGUGAAGGACAAAGAGGGAGGUUUGAAAAGGGGAUGCAAGUACGAGCAGGUACAGGACAAGGAAGCAGAAAAAAAAAGUGAAGUUGAGGCAUCUUUGCUUUGCAGCCAAUCACAGACUGAGGGGUCGAUUGCUGCUUGUCAUAUAACUCGAGAAGGCCCUGUGGGUGGCGAGUGGGACCCUUCAGACAGUCCUGAGAGUGAUAACAACACAAAUGCUCACAGAGGUCUCAAAGGAAUGAUGUCGAAGGACUAUGAAACCCUUCUAGCUCUCAGAGAUCACUCCUGCAUUUUGAGUUCAGCCAUCCAACUCCUGACGAUGCCACCAAAGAACGGCCACUCCUCGUCUCCUUCGUGUGCUUUGACCUCUCCUACAGAGGUGGACUCGAAUGGCAAAGCACAGAAGAUAGCCCUACCAGGGCCUUUGAAUGAGGCUUUGGAGCUCCUACAAGCCAUGCUGCUGGCUUUCAUCGGGAGGGUGGAGACGCUUCUAACAGGAGAAGAUUUCGGCAAAUUCUCCAGUCACAAGGACGGACACGUUUGGGAUUCCAGCACUUUCUUGUUUCUCUCUGGAGAUGGUGAUGUGGAUGCUCUAAAUAAGCAGGAGUGUGUGGAAGACCUCCGCACCACAGAGGUUAAGGAGAGAGAAAAACAGAUGAGAAAAGCAGCUUCCUUCCAAUGCGACCUCAUCCACAGCUGCAGGGACCCAAAAAUGCAACUUUGCCUGCAGAUUCUUCAGAUCCUCCAUCAGUGGUGUGAAGUGAAAGGACCUGACCUGGAGGGAAAAGAGGGUAAAGACAAAACCAUGUCUCUGCUGCGGGGGUUGUUGCAGGACCUCGGCGCAGAGCUUCGGGAUGAGAGGAUUGAAUUCGACAGGGAAGCCAAGUCCACGCAGGGAAAGGCAGCUGAGUGUGCCGUCAGUCGUAUCUUUCAUGAUGAGCGACACUCUGAAGCUGACAGGAUGUGCAGCUCAAGAAGGGAAAGACUUAAGCGACAGUUUCCUCCGCACGCCUGCACGAGGAAGAACUGGUGCUAUCUGAGCCAGGAGGCUGCCCAGCUGGACCAAGAGGACCCCGUUAAGACGUGGGACCAUCUAAUCAUGCCGCUUAGCUUCCCUGAUCUUGACUUUGAGCAGAUGUCCCUGGAGCGAAGCCACACUGCCCCGGAGAAGUCAGCCUUCCGCAUCUACUACAGCCCCCCUUCGGCUCGCAGAGUCCAGCUGGCUCAGCGGAAGCAAAGCCCCGUUGCAGACAGAGAAUCUAUCGACACAACCUCUCCCUGGUGCACGCCGCCGACCUCCUUCUCCACGCUCUGUCUGGGCUCAUCUGCUAACCUGAGCGAUGACAUGAAGGAGAUGACAGCCGGCUGGAGGCAAACGGUUCACACCAGUUCACAGGACAGGAGAGGAAGAUCACAGGGGCGGUGGGUGGAUGUGGCCUGCUCGGGUACUCAGACCCACCUGAAGCCACAGAUGGUGAGUGUUGGUCUGCAGACAGAUGGGACACACGGGUCAGUUGGUAUGAGAGGCAGUCCCUCCCGAGUCCUGAGCACCUCCCUGGUCUCCGCCCGCUCUCACCACAUCUCCACCUCACUAGACAGGGUGCCAGGCAGAGUCGAGAGGUCCAGAGCCUCCACCUCCUCGCCUAAACUGUACCGAAGACACUCUACAUCCGGUGCAUCCUCUCUCCCUUCAUCCACCAGUGUGAGCUCCUCCUCCUCCUCCUCCUCAUCUGCAUCCGCGUCUAGAGAUCGAGCACUGUGGAACCUGAACCACCAAAGCCACACUGGCCUCUCAUGGACCCGACAAACCAGCCACAGAGCAGGUGCAGGACAGACCCACAGCUCUCUGAGCAGCACCAAGCCUCCCAGCAAAUCUGCAGGCGCCAACCGUUACGGCAUGGUCACGGAGUUCCUGCGCAGGGUCAGCGGGCGGGCAGAGAAACCGGUACCGGGGUCGGGGCAGAAGACGAAGAGCGGACUGAAGAACCUGGAACGCGUUCCAGCGAGGCCUCCUGCCGCUCCGCUGCACAGGAACGACAGCGUGACAAGGAUCGUCAACCAGAGGUUCAUGAAGCAGAGAGAGGAGGCCAUUCGGGCCCAGAGAGAGGAGAAGGGGGGCAGCCUGAACCACAGCGUCCGACACAGCCUGAGUCCCGUCAGCACAGAGGAUGGAAACUACGACUGCAGCUCCAGCAGCACCUUGACCUUCUGCUUCGCCCGCUCAACUCGCUCCACCCAGAGACAAACGACAAACCAGAGCAAAGUCCAGCGACACCGAGACUCGGCUGCAGUCAACGCGGCUGCAGACUCAGAACUGUGAGCAAACGGGAGGAGAAACAGCAGCCAUCCUGAUACCUCUGACAGCAGAGAGCAGCCAGAGCCAUAGGGAAGGAUUUAACAUGUAAUGGGAGAACUGGGAGAACUGGUAGACUGUGUGUGGGAUGUUUAGGAGAGCUUUAUAACUCAUUGUUUUCUUUUGGUGCAAUUCAACGCUCAUCUCCUUUUACAGAUGAUGCUCAGUCUUGAUUUCAUUUCUACAAACGUCACCAUUGCAAAUGUUUAAUUCAUAUUUACAAUAAAACUUUAUGUAAUAAGUGAUUCUGCUCUUAAA